AUGCUUCCAUCAAAAGUUUUCAAAAUUCUAGUUCCAAAUGUUACUCAGGCUUGUUUGAUAGCUUCCUGUCUACAUACGUCCGGAAGUUUGCACAAAACGAAAAAGCCUUCGAAGAUAAAAGGUUGCGAUCCUACUCCUGUCGCCAUCGUUCUUUGCGGUGUCGGGGGUCUCGACGGCACGGAAAUUGCCGAAGCCGUUUCUAUAGCGAUUCAUUGUUCCGAAAACAAUUUGCUGCCACGAUUUUAUGCGCCGGACAUUGAAAUAGUUGGACUCGUGAAUCACUUAACCAAGAAGCCGGAUGAUCGCAAUGCGCCCAGGAAUGCUCUUAUCGAAGCGGCAAGAUUGGCUAGGCCUGCGAUACAAUCUCUCUGCGAGUGUGAACCGGGCUCCGCCGAAGCGUUAAUUAUUCCCGGCGGCUAUGGCGCUGCUCGCACCCUGAGUGACUUCGCCUCGAAGGGAGCUGACUGUACCGUGUUACCCGAACUUCGGAGAGUCAUGGAAGAAUUCAAUUGCGACAGAAAACCAAUCGGUACACUUUGUAUUGCAACAUCCUUGGUCGCAAAGGUCUUUAAGGGGGCUAAAGUAACACUGGGAAAAGAAGGUCCAGAAGAAGAUUGGCCAUACGCCGAGGCAAUAAAGCAAGUUAAAAAGAUGGGUGCAAAGAUUGAAUUCAAGGAUGUAACAGGUGUCUCGUACUGUAAAACUUACAAUGUAUUUAGUAACCCAGCAUGGUUAUAUGCGUGUGCAACUUUCGGCGAGGUUCACAAAGGGAUCGGUAAUAUGAUAUCGAAGAUGAGGAAAAACAUAGUACGCUGA